AUGAGUACAGAAGAAAAUGACCCCCUUUUAGCCGCGUUAAAUGCGGACGAUCAACACAAUGAGACACAACAAGAAUCAUUAGAUCCAGAAAGAGAGAGAGCACUUGGUAAAUUUAAAGAUAAAUUGAUUGAGCACAGAAAAUGGGAUGCUAGAUUGAAGGAGUUGAGAAUGAGUAUACGGGGCCUAGACAAAGAUUUUGAUAAGACUGAGAAUGAUAUCAAAGCACUACAAUCUGUGGGCCAAAUUAUUGGCGAGGUUUUGAAACAAUUAGAUGACGAACGAUACAUCGUAAAAGCAUCCAGUGGCCCAAGGUAUAUAGUCGGACGCCGAAACACUAUAAAGCAAGAGAAUUUGAAGAGUGGUGUUCGAGUUUCCUUGGACAUGACAACGCUUACAAUAAUGAGAAUAUUGCCAAGAGAGGUUGAUCCAUUAGUUUAUAAUAUGACAACAUUCGAACCUGGUGAAAUUUCAUUCAAUGGUAUCGGUGGUUUGACUGACCAAAUAAGGGAAUUGCGUGAAGUAAUUGAGCUACCCUUAAAGAACCCAGAAUUGUUCACUAGAGUUGGUAUCAAGUCACCUAAAGGUGUCUUAUUGUAUGGCCCACCGGGAACGGGUAAAACUUUGUUAGCUAAGGCCGUUGCAGCUACUAUUGGUGCUAAUUUCAUUUUUUCUCCGGCAUCCGCCAUAGUUGAUAAAUAUAUUGGAGAAUCUGCUCGAUUGAUCAGAGAAAUGUUCGCAUAUGCUAAAGAACAUGAACCAUGUAUUAUAUUCAUGGACGAAAUUGAUGCAAUUGGAGGUCGUCGGUUUAGCGAGGGUACUUCGGCGGAUAGAGAAAUUCAACGUACGUUGAUGGAAUUGUUGAAUCAAAUGGACGGGUUUGACACACUUGGUCAAACUAAAGUGAUUAUGGCCACCAACAGGCCCGAUACUUUGGAUCCUGCCUUGCUCAGAGCAGGUAGGUUAGAUAGAAAGAUUGAGAUAGGAUUGCCUAAUGAAGCGGGGAGAUUAGAGAUAUUCAAGAUCCAUACAUCUAAAGUAGCUAAACACGGGGAGUUUGACUUUGAUGCCGCAGUGAAGAUGAGUGAUGGCUUUAAUGGUGCAGAUAUUAGGAACGUCAUAACUGAGGCCGGAUUCUUUGCUAUCAGAGAUGAGAGAGAUUAUAUCGUGCAAAAUGACUUAAUGAAAGCUGUCAGAAAAGUAGCAGAUGUCAAAAAGUUAGAGGGGAAAUUAGAUUACGAAAAGCUAUAA